UCCACCUCCCCUAACUUAUCUAAACGCACGACGGAGGAAGACCAAGAGAAGGAGGAAGACCAAGAGAAGGAGGAAGACCAAGAGAAGGAGGAAGACCAAGAGAAGGAGGAAGACCAAGAGAAGGAGGAAGACCAAGAGAAGGAGGAAGACCAAGAGAAGGAGGAAGACCAAGAGAAGGAGGAAGACCAAGAGAAGGAGGAAGACCAAGAGAAGGAGGAAGACCAAGAGAAGGAGGAAGACCAAGAGAAGGAGGAAGACCAAGAGAAGGAGGAAGACCAAGAGAAGGAGGAAGACCAAGAGAAGGAGGAAGACCAAGAGAAGGAGGAAGACCAAGAGAAGGAGGAAGACCAAGAGAAGGAGGAAGACCAAGAGAAGGAGGAAGACCAAGAGAAGGAGGAAGACCAAGAGAAGGAGGAAGACCAAGAGAAGGAGGAAGACCAAGAGAAGGAGGAAGACCAAGAGAAGGAGGAAGACCAAGAGAAGGAGGAAGACCAAGAGAAGGAGGAAGACCAAGAGAAGGAGGAAGACCAAGAGAAGGAGGAAGACCAAGAGAAGGAGGAAGACCAAGAGAAGGAGGAAGACCAAGAGAAGGAGGAAGACCAAGAGAAGGAGGAAGACCAAGAGAAGGAGGAAGACCAAGAGAAGGAGGAAGACCAAGAGAAGGAGGAAGACCAAGAGAAGGAGGAAGACCAAGAGAAGGAGGAAGACCAAGAGAAGGAGGAAGACCAAGAGAAGGAGGAAGACCAAGAGAAGGAGGAAGACCAAGAGAAGGAGGAAGACCAAGAGAAGGAGGAAGACCAAGAGAAGGAGGAAGACCAAGAGAAGGAGGAAGACCAAGAGAAGGAGGAAGACCAAGAGAAGGAGGAAGACCAAGAGAAGGAGGAAGACCAAGAGAAGGAGGAAGACCAAGAGAAGGAGGAAGACCAAGAGAAGGAGGAAGACCAAGAGAAGGAGGAAGACCAAGAGAAGGAGGAAGACCAAGAGAAGGAGGAAGACCAAGAGAAGGAGGAAGACCAAGAGAAGGAGGAAGACCAAGAGAAGGAGGAAGACCAAGAGAAGGAGGAAGACCAAGAGAAGGAGGAAGACCAAGAGAAGGAGGAAGACCAAGAGAAGGAGGAAGACCAAGAGAAGGAGGAAGACCAAGAGAAGGAGGAAGACCAAGAGAAGGAGGAAGACCAAGAGAAGGAGGAAGACCAAGAGAAGGAGGAAGACCAAGAGAAGGAGGAAGACCAAGAGAAGGAGGAAGACCAAGAGAAGGAGGAAGACCAAGAGAAGGAGGAAGACCAAGAGAAGGAGGAAGACCAAGAGAAGGAGGAAGACCAAGAGAAGGAGGAAGACCAAGAGAAGGAGGAAGACCAAGAGAAGGAGGAAGACCAAGAGAAGGAGGAAGACCAAGAGAAGGAGGAAGGCAAAGAGAAGGAGGAAGGCAAAGAGAAGGAGGAAGGCAAAGAGAAGGAGGAAGGCAAAGAGAAGGAGGAAGGCAAAGAGAAGGAGGAAGGCAAAGAGAAGGAGGAAGGCAAAGAGAAGGAGGAAGGCAAAGAGAAGGAGGAAGGCAAAGAGAAGGAGGAAGGCAAAGAGAAGGAGGAAGGCAAAGAGAAGGAGGAAGGCAAAGAGAAGGAGGAAGGCAAAGAGAAGGAGGAAGGCAAAGAGAAGGAGGAAGGCAAAGAGAAGGAGGAAGGCAAAGAGAAGGAGGAAGGCAAAGAGAAGGAGGAAGGCAAAGAGAAGGAGGAAGGCAAAGAGAAGGAGGAAGGCAAAGAGAAGGAGGAAGGCAAAGAGAAGGAGGAAGGCAAAGAGAAGGAGGAAGGCAAAGAGAAGGAGGAAGGCAAAGAGAAGGAGGAAGGCAAAGAGAAGGAGGAAGGCAAAGAGAAGGAGGAAGGCAAAGAGAAGGAGGAAGGCAAAGAGAAGGAGGAAGGCAAAGAGAAGGAGGAAGGCAAAGAGAAGGAGGAAGGCAAAGAGAAGGAGGAAGGCAAAGAGAAGGAGGAAGGCAAAGAGAAGGAGGAAGGCAAAGAGAAGGAGGAAGGCAAAGAGAAGGAGGAAGGCAAAGAGAAGGAGGAAGGCAAAGAGAAGGAGGAAGGCAAAGAGAAGGAGGAAGGCAAAGAGAAGGAGGAAGGCAAAGAGAAGGAGGAAGGCAAAGAGAAGGAGGAAGGCAAAGAGAAGGAGGAAGGCAAAGAGAAGGAGGAAGGCAAAGAGAAGGAGGAAGGCAAAGAGAAGGAGGAAGGCAAAGAGAAGGAGGAAGGCAAAGAGAAGGAGGAAGGCAAAGAGAAGGAGGAAGGCAAAGAGAAGGAGGAAGGCAAAGAGAAGGAGGAAGGCAAAGAGAAGGAGGAAGGCAAAGAGAAGGAGGAAGGCAAAGAGAAGGAGGAAGGCAAAGAGAAGGAGGAAGGCAAAGAGAAGGAGGAAGGCAAAGAGAAGGAGGAAGGCAAAGAGAAGGAGGAAGGCAAAGAGAAGGAGGAAGGCAAAGAGAAGGAGGAAGGCAAAGAGAAGGAGGAAGGCAAAGAGAAGGAGGAAGGCAAAGAGGAGGAGGAAGGCAAAGAGGAGGAGGAAGGCAAAGAGGAGGAGGAAGGCAAAGAGGAGGAGGAAGGCAAAGAGGAGGAGGAAGGCAAAGAGGAGGAGGAAGGCAAAGAGGAGGAGGAAGGCAAAGAGGAGGAGGAAGGCAAAGAGAAGGAGGAAGGCAAAGAGAAGGAGGAAGGCAAAGAGAAGGAGGAAGGCAAAGAGAAGGAGGAAGGCAAAGAGAAGGAGGAAGGCAAAGAGAAGGAGGAAGGCAAAGAGAAGGAGGAAGGCAAAGAGAAGGAGGAAGGCAAAGAGAAGGAGGAAGGCAAAGAGAAGGAGGAAGGCAAAGAGAAGGAGGAAGGCAAAGAGAAGGAGGAAGGCAAAGAGAAGGAGGAAGGCAAAGAGAAGGAGGAAGGCAAAGAGAAGGAGGAAGGCAAAGAGAAGGAGGAAGGCAAAGAGAAGGAGGAAGGCAAAGAGAAGGAGGAAGGCAAAGAGAAGGAGGAAGGCAAAGAGAAGGAGGAAGGCAAAGAGAAGGAGGAAGGCAAAGAGAAGGAGGAAGGCAAAGAGAAGGAGGAAGGCAAAGAGAAGGAGGAAGGCAAAGAGAAGGAGGAAGGCAAAGAGAAGGAGGAAGGCAAAGAGAAGGAGGAAGGCAAAGAGAAGGAGGAAGGCAAAGAGAAGGAGGAAGUUUAA